AUAAUCUCCAAUUUAAAAUUUAGAAAUAUUUUAGUUUUAAUUUUUCUCAUUAAUUUCCCGUCAAUCAAUGGAUCUCUACAUUAGAAAUCUGUCGGCGGGAUAAAUUCUGACCAUAUUUUUUUAAUUCUGAUUAAAAUCUUCCGUUUCUUGUUUUCUAUUUUAGUGCAUCGAUCCCACUGAUCCUACAUUCCCACUUUCCAGCGCCACUCUCGUUCUCUCCAGCUCAGUGAGGGCAGAUCGGAAAGCUCGCCGGAGCCUCGUCGGAGAUCGGCGGUGGUUGUGUCCGUUUGAAGGAAUUCCGUCAUUUUGUUUUUGAACUUCCAGAUCCUUCGCACUCUGGCAGGUUUGAGAGAUUUGUUACAUUUAGAUAAUGGGCUCGAAGCAUAAUUUGCCGGGGAACAGAACUCGGAGCCCAAUAUCUCUAUUUGCUGUGAUUGGUCUAUGCCUCUUCUUUUACAUUUUGGGAGCAUGGCAGAGAAGUGGAUUCGGGAAAGGAGAUAGCAUAGCAAUGGAAAUCACCAGGCUAUCAAACUGCAACACUGUUAAAGAAUUGAACUUUGAAACCCAUCACAGUAUCGAGAUUAUUGAAUCUUCGAAACCAAAAAUGCAGGUGUUCAAACCAUGUGAUGUUAAGUAUAAAGAUUAUACACCUUGCCAAGAACAAGACCGAGCUAUGAGAUUCCCAAGGGAAAAUAUGAUAUACAGGGAAAGACAUUGCCCUCCAGUAGAAGAAAAGCUGCACUGCCUCAUUCCAGCACCCAAAGGUUAUAUGACUCCAUUUCCAUGGCCUAAAGGCCGUGAUUAUGUUCAUUAUGCCAAUGUUCCAUAUAAGAGCCUGACAGUCGAGAAGGCAAAUCAGCAUUGGGUAGAGUUUCAGGGUAACGUAUUUAAAUUUCCUGGUGGUGGGACAAUGUUUCCUCAAGGAGCAGAUGCAUAUAUUGAUGAAUUAGCAUCAGUUAUUCCAAUUGCAGAUGGUUCCAUUAGAACUGCUCUGGAUACUGGUUGUGGGGUUGCAAGCUGGGGUGCAUAUUUGUUCAAGAGAAACAUAUUGGCCAUGUCGUUUGCACCAAGGGACAAUCAUGAAGCACAGAUACAGUUUGCGCUGGAGCGUGGUGUACCUGCUAUUAUUGGAGUGUUGGGUAGUAUACGGCUUCCAUAUCCAUCUAGAGCAUUUGAUAUGGCUCAGUGUUCACGAUGCCUUAUACCAUGGACUUCAAAUGAUGGUAUGUAUCUUAUGGAAGUUGACAGAGUCCUUAGACCUGGUGGAUAUUGGAUCCUAUCUGGCCCUCCGAUCAACUGGAAGACGUAUUACCAGACAUGGAAACGUUCUAAGGAGGAUCUAAAUGCAGAGCAGAAGACAAUUGAAAGGCUAGCUGAGCAGCUCUGCUGGGAGAAAAAAUAUGAGAAGGGAGAUAUUGCCAUCUGGAGGAAAAAGGAUAAUGACAAAUCCUGCAGAAGGAAAACUGCAAAAAUAUGUGAAGCAAACGAUGCAGAAGAUGUCUGGUACCAGAAAAUGGACACAUGCAUCACCCCUUUCCCUGAGGUAACAAAUGCUGGCGAAGUAGCUGGAGGGAAAUUGAAGAAGUUCCCAGCCCGGCUUUUUGCUGUACCUCCCAGAAUAUCCAACGGCCUGAUUCCAGAGGUUACAGCUGAAUCUUUUGAAGAGGACAACAAACUUUGGAGAAAGCAUGUUAACGUUUACAAGAAGAUAAAUAACUUGAUUGGCAGCCCAAGAUAUAGGAAUGUGAUGGAUAUGAAUGCAAACCUCGGUGGAUUUGCAGCUGCGCUUCACUCGAAAAAUUCUUGGGUGAUGAAUGUUGUGCCUACGAUUGCCAAGAACACUCUAGGAGUCAUUUACGAGAGAGGUCUAGUUGGCAUAUAUCAUGAUUGGUGUGAGGGCUUCUCUACUUACCCAAGGACAUACGACUUCAUUCAUGCGAAUGGUGUAUUCAACCUGUACGAGGACACGUGCAAUCUCGAGGACAUACUUCUAGAGAUGGACCGUAUUUUGAGGCCAGAGGGAAUUGUCAUCCUCCGAGAUGGGGUUGAUGUCCUGAAUAAGGUGAAGAAAAUAGCUGGGGGCAUGAGAUGGGAUGUCAAAUUGAUGGAUCAUGAGGAUGGUCCUCUCGUGCCUGAAAAGAUAAUGGUUGCUGUUAAACAGUACUGGGUCGCUAGCAGCCCACAUAACAGCACUUCCAACGAUGCAUAGAUCUGAUUGGAGAGUAACAAAAUGCAAAGUUUUUGCAGCUCCUCAAAAGGUCCUUUUUGUUUUUAGAUAUUUAUUCAUGUGUAAGCUAGUGUGUUAUUGGUAAAAUAGAGAGAAACUUGUAUAAUUCUAUUCAAGCAAGAAAAACUAAGAUUGAUCACAGGGAUUAGGCAGGCUUAGUAAUUUCACUUGCCCAAGUAAUUGGGUCAAGGAUGCUGAAGUGAUCAUGAUAUAUGUAAGAAACUGAGAUGCAUAUUGAUGAUUCAUAAUUUAUUCACCAAAAUUGGUUAUAGAUUUUACUCGUAUUUUCUUC